GCCACGCGAGAACUGGCGCGGGUAUUACCGGGCAUGCGUGGCUUCUCCGCCCUCUUUCUAUGCCCCCGCCGCCAUGCCGAAAGGGAAGAAAUCCAAGGGGAAGAAGGUGGCCCCAGCCCCUUCCGUUACCAAGAGACAUGAGGUGAAAAAAGUUGUGAAUCCUCUCUUUGAAAAGAGACCCAAGAACUUUGGAAUUGGUCAGGAUAUUCAGCCCAAGAGGGACCUGACGAGGUUUGUGAAAUGGCCUCGUUACGUCCGACUUCAGCGGCAGAGGGCCAUCCUGUACAAACGCCUGAAAGUACCUCCUGCAAUCAACCAGUUUGCCCAGGCUUUGGACAGGCAGACAGCCACCCAACUCUUCAAACUGGCGCACAAGUACAGGCCUGAGACCAAACAGGAAAAGAAGCAGAGAUUACAUGCCCGGGCUGAGCAAAAGGCAGCUGGGAAGGCUGAUGCUCCCACAAAGAGACCUGCUGUUCUCCGAUCGGGUGUGAAUACUGUCACCACAUUGGUGGAGAAAAAGAAGGCUCAGCUAGUGGUUAUUGCACAUGAUGUUGAUCCUAUUGAGCUGGUUGUGUUCCUGCCUGCGCUGUGCCGUAAAAUGGGAGUCCCUUAUUGCAUUGUCAAAGGCAAAGCCAGACUAGGACGUCUUGUGCACAGGAAAACUGCCAGCUGCCUCGCUUUUGCACAAGUCAACCCUGAGGACAAGGGUGCGAUUGGCAAGCUGAUUGAGGCUGUGCGGACAAACUACAAUGAGCGAUAUGAUGAGAUCCGUCGUCACUGGGGCGGUGGAAUCCUUGGACCUAAAUCUGUGGCCCGUAUUGCAAAGCUGGAGAAGGCCAAAGCCAAGGAAUUGGCAACCAAACUUGGUUAAAUCUUGUUAACUCUCCCCAUUGUACAUAAAUAAAAAAAAGUCAUGUUGGUU